CAUUAUUGAUCGGGAGAAGUGCACGCUCUCUCGUAUGAGGCGGAGUCGUCGCCUCAGAUGAAGCAAUUCGCCAGCAACUCAAACCUGUCGUCGUCCUCGUCAUCCUUGCCGUACACCAGUUUGGGGUCGGGGAAGACCACUUCCAAGCAGUCGUCCUCCGGCUCGACCAUCAUCGACACCGGGAUGUAUUUGCGGGAUUGGCGGAAAGCGCUCCGUUCGCCACCUUCGUACCGGAUAGGCAAUAGGACCAUUCGGUUGCAGGUGCACUUUACCUGGGUGCUGGCGAUACUGUGUGCGUUCCUGCUCCUUGUGCUGUACAUCUCCUCGAGUCCUUCGUCGUCGUUGAUCAGCGAUGCACCGUCGUCGAACAGCUUUCUGCGAAAUUCGGUCAUUGUGUACAAUCACACCUACCCACUGACCAGUCCGAUCAUUAGCAGUGGCAUCUACUCGUUUCGGAUAGGGAUCAUUGCGGAUCUCGAUACCAACUCGGCGGUCAAGAAGAACCAGUGGGGCAGCUACUAUCUGAAGGGCUAUCUGAGCUUCAUUCCCUCGAAACGAUCGAUAACGGUGUCCUGGGACGAUGGCGAACCAAAGGCGUUACAGUCUGGCUUCUCACUGAAGGGCCGAGGGAUGGAACUCUCCGAAUUGGUGGUGUUCAAUGGUAAGCUGCUAACGUUUGACGAUCGUACCGGACUGGUGUACGAGAUUGAGGGCGAAAAGGUGCUGCCCUGGGUCCUGCUAAUUGACGGUGAUGGCCGCACGACGAAAGGCUUCAAAUCAGAGUGGGCCACCGUGAAGGAUCAGGUGCUGUACGUUGGAUCGAUGGGCAAAGAGUGGACGACAUCGGCAGGGGAUUUCGAAACGAACGAUCCCAUGUACGUGAAGGCGGUCACGAUACACGGCGAGGUGUAUCACUUAAACUGGAUCAACAACUACAAAGCCAUCCGGAAAGCGAUCGGCAUCGAGUGGCCCGGAUACAUGAUUCACGAGUCUGGCGCUUGGUCGGAGGUCCAUCGGAGAUGGUUCUUCUUGCCCCGGCGCUGUUCCCGCGAGCGGUACAACGAAACGCGGGACGAACAUAUGGGCUGCAACUUUCUCAUAUCGAGUGACGAAACGUUCCAAGGAGUUCGCGCAAUCGAACUCAAGCGGAACGAUGUGCCAUCGACGCACGGAUACUCGAGCUUCAAGUUCCUGCCCACGAGCAACGAUGAAAUAAUCGUUGCUCUGUCCACGGAAGAGCUGAACGGGAAAACGUCCAGCUUCAUUAGUGCGUUUACCAUCGAGGGCGAACCGCUGAUGGUGGAAACACGCAUCCACACCGAAUACAAGUACGAGGGGCUAGAGUUUAUCUAGGAUUUUAAGUUUUUAGCUGCAUUAUUGUACAUAGCCAACUCACUGUCUGUA